CAGGCGAGCUAUGUAGUGAGUGAGCAGUGACCACACACUGCGUAGUACGUACACCCCUAGCUCAAACUAACCAGAGGACCUCGUCAAGAACUCGAGAUGAGGUUCGCGGUGAGCAAGUCCCCGCCGGUGAUUGUCAGCCCGUCGUCGACGGAGCUGGCGCCAGCGCCGGGAAAGGCGAAGCUUGCGCAGGUGCAGCUGUCGUCGUGGGACAGGAGCUACGUGGGUUUCCAGGUCACGACCCUCCUCCUCUUCGACGGCCCGGUCAACCAGCCCGUCGAGGCCGUCAAGAAGGGCCUCUCCCGUGCUUUGGUCCACUACGCCCCCAUCGCCGGCCGUCUCGCAACCGACGACGAGGAGAUCAGCCUCAGCAUCGCGUGCACCAGCGAGGGCGUGCCGUUCGUGGCGGCGACGGCGGACUGCGCCAUGGCGGACCACGGCGGGCUCCUCGACGGCGCGCCGUUCUCGGCAGGCCUACUGGACGACCUGGCCGUGUACUACCACCCGGUGGCGCGGCGCACUGACCCCCUGCUGCUGAUGCAGGUCACCGAGUUCGCGUGCGGCGGGUUCGCCGUCGGCGUGACGUGGAACCACACGCUGGCCGACGGCGACGGCAUGGCGCAGUUCCUCCAGGACGUCGGCAACCUCGCACGCGCAGACGAGGCGGCGGUUUCAGCGCCUCUGAGGGACGGCGGCGCGGUGUCGCUGCCGCUGCUGUCGCCGCCGGUGGUCGCCGCGAAGCAGUGGCUGAUGCUGAACCGCGGCGGCAUGGGCCUCGCGUACCUGGACAUCACCAUCCCGGCGACGCUCAUCAACCGCAUCAAGUCCGAGUACAAGGCCGCCCACGCAGCCGAUGGCGGGUACUGCACGACGUUCGAGGCGGGCGUGGCGGUGCUCUGGCGGUGCCGCACCCGCGCCAUCAUCGGCGACAACUACGACCCGACGGCGACGGCGCCGCUGGCCUUCUUCGUGAACGUCCGCAAGCACGUGCGCGCGGUGGCCGGGUACUACGGCAACUGCGCGGUGGCGCAGGUGGCCUUCGCGACGGCCGGCGAGGUCGUCGGCGGCGAUAUCGCAGGCGUGAUUGAUCUGAUUAAGGGUGCCAAGGACGGGGUGCCCGACCUGCUGAAUGCCAUGCACGGCGGCCGUGGGGUGGAGGGGGUGGGGGAGAUGGGCGAGGAGGAGAUGGCGGCGGUGUUCGGGUACAACGCGCUGAUGGUGACAAGCUGGCGGAACAUUGCGUUCGACCGCGUCGACUUCGGCGGCGGGGUGCCGGCGAGGGUGGUGGGGAGGUGGCAGCAGUCUACCAUCCCCGGCUGCAUGGCGUUCCUGUCCUGCAGGGCCACGGCGGACGCCGGCGAGAGGAUGCUGACGCAGUGCGUCAGGGAGGAGCACGCCGCUGCAUUCCUUGACGAGCUCCACAGGCUCGCCGCCGCCGAUGGGCGCGUCGGUCUUGUCAGUGUCGGCAUGAAUUAUGUUACGUCUAAAUGAUCGUAUCAUGUCGUGUACUCGUGUAUGUGUUUUGAUUUGAUGCGUUGCAUCGGAUGAAGAUUAAUACUCGUUGAUGAAUGUGUGGGCGGAGGUGGAAAUAAUCUUAAGCCAUUUUCUA